AUGAAGCAUCGAAGCAAACCCAUCUUCAUCAUUUCUUGUUUUCUAGUUUUUGUACUUCUGUUCAUGCAUUCGACAAUAUCAGUCGUCGAAGCUCAAGAAGUUGAGGAUGAGAGAGAUUUUGAUUAUGUUGAGGGAAGCAAGAAGGGGCCAGCUUACUGGGGAGAGAUCAAGAAAGAAUGGGCAGCAUGCAAACAUGGAGGCAUGCAAUCUCCAAUAGAUUUGCCACGUAAGAGUUUUCAAAUACUCCCAAGCUUAGUGGAGCUAAAGAGGAUUUACAAGCCUUCUAAUGCCACUCUCAAGAAUAGAGGCCAUGACAUUAAGCUUGAGUGGGCAGGCAACGCCGGAUCGAUUGAGAUCAGUGGCAUUCAGUAUUUCUUAAAGCAAAGCCACUGGCACUCUCCCUCCGAGCACUCCAUGAAUGGCAAGAGGUACGAUAUGGAGCUCCACAUGGUUUAUCAAAGCCCGGAUCCGAAAGUGGAAAGCAAUACUGCUGUUGUUGGAGUCCUCUACCAGAUUGGUAGCCCUGAUGCCUUUCUCUCAAAGUUGACGAGGGAUAUAGCAUCUAUGACGGAUAAAAAGAUGGAGAGAAGCAUUGGGGUGAUUGAUCCUGCAGAAAUAGUAGAAUUGGAUGGAAAAAACUACUACAGAUACACAGGCUCACUCACCAUUCCGCCAUGCACUGAAGGCGUUAUUUGGAUCAUGAGCCAACAGUUUGGGACUGUUUCAAGGGAACAGAUAGACCUACUUCGAGUGUCUGUGUACGAUUAUGCAGAGAUGAAUGCAAGGCCAUUGCAACCUCUCAAUCGACGAAUGAUCCGCCUCUAUUUCCAAAAACCAAAGAUUAUUAAAUACAACUGA